CUCAGACUCUGCAGGACCAUUGAGGAACACAGCAGUAGCUGCAGCAGCGCUCGUGUGGGCACGCGUCAGGUAAAAGUCCCAGCACCGUAAGAUCUGGACAGGCUAACACCACCCAGACCCCCUGCGGCACCAUGGCCCAAGCAGCCAAACACCUCCGCAAGAACAAGGAUUUAGAAGCCCAGGCUGAACAGGAGCGCAAAGAGAAAGAAGAAGAAAAGGUCAAGAAGAGGAGUCGCUCGCGGGAUAAAAAGCGCAAGGCAGAUUCUGGCAACAGUUUUCUCCGAGCGGCCCGUUCCGGCAACUUGGACAAGGCUCUUGAACACCUUAAGAAUGGCCUUGAUAUAAAUACAGCCAAUCAGAAUGGGCUCAACGGGCUGCAUCUGGCCUCGAAAGAAGGCCAUGUCAAAAUGGUGCUGGAGUUACUUCACAACGGAAUUGUACUGGAGACCACCACAAAGAAAGGAAACACGGCCCUGCACAUUGCGGCCCUGGCAGGCCAAGAGCAGGUGGUCACGGAGCUGGUUAACUACGGGGCCAACGUCAACGCUCAAUCCCAGAAGGGUUUCACUCCACUCUACAUGGCUGCACAAGAAAACCAUCUAGAGGUUGUGAAGUUUCUUCUGGAGAAUGGGGCUAAUCAGAGCGUCCCAACCGAGGACGGAUUUACCCCUCUGGCGGUGGCUCUGCAGCAAGGCCAUGAGAAUAUUGUUGCCCUGCUCAUCAACUAUGGCACCAAGGGGAAAGUCCGCCUCCCCGCGUUGCACAUUGCAGCGCGCAAUGACGAUACACGCACGGCUGCGGUGCUUCUGCAGAACGACCCGAACCCUGACGUGCUCAGCAAGACUGGAUUCACACCACUCCACAUUGCUGCACACUAUGAAAACUUAAACGUGGCUCAACUUCUUCUCAACAGAGGAGCCAAUGUCAAUUUCACCCCAAAGAACGGCAUCACACCCCUUCACAUCGCAUCCAGACGAGGGAAUGUGAUCAUGGUCCGACUCCUGCUGGAUCGAGGAGCACAAAUAGAUGCCAAGACCAAGGAUGAGCUCACUCCUCUGCACUGUGCAGCCAGAAACGGUCAUGUCAGGAUCAUAGAGAUUCUUCUUGACAAUGGAGCCCCCAUCCAGGCAAAGACCAAGAACGGCCUGUCCCCAAUCCACAUGGCGGCACAGGGGGACCACAUGGACUGUGUCAAGCAGCUACUUCAGUAUAACGCAGGCAUUGAUGACAUCACGCUGGAUCACCUGACACCUCUGCAUGUGGCUGCACACUGCGGACACCACAGAAUGGCCAAAGUUCUGCUGGACAAGGGGGCCAAACCCAACUCGCGGGCACUGAAUGGCUUUACUCCGUUGCAUAUUGCUUGUAAAAAGAACCACAUGCGUGUGAUAGAUCUUCUACUCAAACAUGGAGCAUCAUUAGAGGCGGUGACUGAGUCCGGCUUGACGCCCUUGCACGUGGCAUCUUUCAUGGGUCACCUCAACAUCGUGAAGAUCCUGCUGCAGAAAGGAGCUUCACCAAGCGCAUCCAAUGUGAAAGUGGAGACCCCUCUCCAUAUGGCAUCUCGGGCAGGACACUUUGAAGUGGCCGAAUUUUUACUACAGAAUGCAGCACCAGUGGAUGCCAAGGCCAAGGAUGACCAAACACCGCUGCAUUGUGCUUCACGAAUGGGCCACAAAGACAUUGUGAAGCUGCUGUUGGAGCACAAAGCCAAACCAAACUCCACAACAACAGCAGGACACACUCCUCUUCACAUCGCUGCCCGGGAGGGACAUGUGCAAACCGUGCGCAUCCUGUUGGACAUGGAAGCGCAGCAAACUAAGAUGACUAAGAAAGGCUUUACUCCUCUUCACGUGGCUUCCAAGUAUGGCAAGGUGGAUGUUGCCGAGCUGUUGUUGGAGAGAGGAGCUAACCCAAAUGCUGCUGGAAAGAACGGUCUGACUCCACUGCAUGUGGCCGUGCAUCACAACAACCUGGAUGUUGUCAACCUGCUUGUCAGCAAAGGAGGGUCACCACAUAGUGCAGCCCGGAAUGGCUACACCGCCCUCCAUAUUGCAUCCAAGCAGAAUCAGAUGGAGGUGGCUAACAGCCUGUUGCAAUAUGGAGCGUCAGCCAAUGCUGAGUCUCUACAGGGAGUCACACCUCUCCACCUGGCCUCGCAGGAAGGAAGGCCCGAUAUGGUCUCUCUGCUUAUUUCCAAGCAGGCUAACGUCAACCUUGGCAACAAGAGUGGACUGACUCCGCUCCACCUUGUGGCACAGGAGGGACAUGUUGGCAUUGCAGACAUCUUGGUCAAGCAAGGAGCUUCAGUCUACGCUGCUACACGGAUGGGCUACACCCCUCUUCAUGUAGGGUGUCACUAUGGCAACAUCAAAAUGGUGAAGUUCCUGCUGCAGCAACAAGCCAAUGUCAACAGUAAAACACGGCUUGGAUACACUCCACUGCACCAGGCCGCCCAGCAGGGACACACAGACAUUGUCACUCUGCUACUGAAGCACGGAGCUCAGCCUAACGAGACCACCACAAACGGCACGUCAGCGCUCGCCAUUGCCAAGAGGCUUGGCUACAUCUCUGUGAUCGACGUUCUGAAGCUCGUGACUGAAGAGACGGUUUCCAUGACCACUACGGAGAAACACCGCAUGAGUUUCCCGGAAACAGUAGAUGAGAUACUGGAUGUGUCCGAGGAUGAAGGACUUGCACAGCUAACAUUAGGAGAGGAGCUCCUGGGGACAGAAGGGGCCAGGUACAUGAAGAUGGAUGACAUGAAAGACCAUGAUGACGAUUUCCUCUCCCCCAAGAAAUCCCUGGAGUACGAGAGAGGGCUGGGCACAGCAAAUUACUCACCAGCCAUUCCCAGGAUUCCACGGGUUUCCCCUGAGACCGUGAUCCUGAAAGAGCACGAGAUUGAUCAGCAGCACACUCCACUUCCACUGCCAAAAGAGUACGAUGAUGACUCGCUCAUCCCCAGCAGUCCGGCGACUGAGACAUCAGACAAUGUCAGCCCUGUCGCCAGUCCCAUACACACAGGGUUCCUGGUCAGUUUUAUGGUGGAUGCUCGUGGCGGCUCGAUGCGCGGCAGCAGACAUAACGGCCUGCGUGUCAUCAUACCUCCACGGACAUGUGCGGCCCCCACGCGCAUCACCUGCCGCCUGGUGAAGCCGCAGAAGCUAACUAACCCUCCUCCCCUGGUGGAAGGAGAGGGUCUGGCCAGCAGAAUAAUCUCCCUCGGACCAGCUGGCAUGCAGUUUCUUGGCCCAGUGAUCGUGGAGAUCCCUCACUUUGCUGCUUUGGGUCGUGGUGACCGCGAGCUUGUGGUGCUGAGGAGUGAGAACGGAUCCGUGUGGAAAGAACACCGUAAUCGCUAUGGCGACGAGGUCCUGGAGACCAUCCUUAACGGGAUGGAUGAAGACUUGGAGAGUCAGGAGGAACUCGGCAAGAAGCGAAUCCGCCGCAUCAUCACGACGGACUUCCCGCUGUAUUUCGCCGUCGUGUCGAGAGUCCAGCAAGAGAGCGACCUGAUUGGGCCCGAGGGGGGCUCAUUGACCAGCAAGCUGGUGCCCAUGGUUCAGGCCACCUUUCCAGAGACGGCGGUCACCAAGCGAGUCCGUCUGGGGCUGCAGGCUCAGCCCGUUCCAGAUGAGCUGGUGGCCAAGCUGCUGGGUAACCAGGCCAACUUUAGUCCCGUGGUGACGGUGGAGCCUCGGCGGCGCAAGUUCCACCGACCCAUCGGCCUUCGCAUUCCCCUGCCGCCAUCUUGGAAGGAAAGCCCUCGAGACUCCGGGGAGGGCGACACCACCAGUCUGCGCCUUCUUUGCUCUGUCAUAGGUGGAACAGCUUCAGCCCAGUGGGAGGACAUUACUGGAACCACCAAGCUAAUGUAUGCUAGCUCUUGUGCUAGUUUUACAACUAACGUGUCCGCACGCUUCUGGCUGGCAGACUGUCCCCGCACAGCAGAGUCGGUGUCCUUCGCCAACCUCCUCUACAAAGAGCUGUCCGCUGUACCUUACAUGGCAAAGUUUGUUGUUUUCGCAAAGAUGAACGAACUGCGGGAAGGCAGACUACGCUGCUACUGCAUGACAGACGACAAGAUGGAUAAAACGCUGGAACAGCACGAGAACUUCGCAGAGGUGGCCCGCAGCAGAGACAUCGAGGUAAUGGAGGGAAUGCCGCUUCACCUGGAAUGCUCAGGGAAUCUGGUGCCAGUGCGGAAGGCGGCCCAGCAACCUCGCUGCUUCAGCUUCCAGGCCUUCAGAGACAACAGACUUCCUGUCUCUGUUAAGGUGAGAGACAGCAGCAAAGAGCCCGCCGGCUUCCUGUCUUUCCUGCGUAAGACCACCAAGUAUGAAGACAGCCAACAUGUACUGUGCAACCUCAAUAUCACCAUGCCUCCAUGUAUCAAGAUUAUUGGAAGUGAAGACCGCAGGCGAACUCUGACCCCGUUGGCUUUGAGAGAACGAUACAGCGCCCUGAAUGAACCUGCCAUGGCUGCAAUGAGUGCUAUGGAGCGUACCGAACUGAAGAUGGCUGUAAUUGCAGAACAGUUGGGACUGAGCUGGGCUGAGUUGGCACGUGAGCUUCAGCUCAGCGUGGAUGACAUCAACAAGAUUCGCGUGGAGAAUCCAAAUUCUCUGCUGGAGCAGAGCUCUGCACUGCUUAACCUGUGGGCGACACGCGAGGGCAAAAGAGCUAAAAUGGAGAGCUUGUACACGGCCCUGAAGAGCAUCGAUCGCAUGGACAUCAUCACCAUGUUGGAGGGCCAACCUGCACAGCCCACUAGACAAGGCUCUCGUGAUCUCACCAGACGUCGACGCGAUGACAGGGUCCACCUCUCUCCCGCCAUGACCAACGGUUAUGGGCUGGCGCCGGAUGAGCUUCUGUCCCCGGCCUCCAUGCAGUACAGCCUGCCCUCGCCGCUGGGCGCUGAGGCCUACUGGCAGGAGGUCUCCAGCCUGGACUGUGCACCCAUUGCCACCACAGAGGAGGACACCCUCAUGGAGAUGUCUGACGUGCAGGUGUGGCCCUCAGGUAACUCCCCCUCCCUGGUGCCCGUGGAGGACUCCUCGCUGGAGUGCAGUAAUGCCGACGACUCUGAAGGCCUGCUCGGGCUGCCUUACGGAAGUCUGGGUCGGCCGGCCAGUCAGGCCAGCGCCACCAGCGGAGGGGGCGGCGUGCUCAGCUCGAUCGAACUCCCCGAGGACGAUUCCGAAAUGGGCGUCGACUCUCUCAGCACCGCCACGCCGGCCUCGCUCGGCGGCACCAUCGCUGGUAUCAAUCUUAACGGACUGAACAAUGGUCAGGGGUCAGAGGCAAGUUCGGAGAUAUCGGCCAUCAUUAGCACGACUGGUGGCAAUGGAGGAGGAGGUGGAGGAGGGACAGGCUCAGAGGAAGGGCAUGCUUUUGUUGCAGGACAACAAAGGCUGUAUGCCCGACUCAGUGAGUCUGCUGGUCUCACCUGCGUUGCAGAUCGCAAUGGAGACAGGUCAGCUAAUGGUGGAAGUGGAAAUGGAAGUGGGAGUGGUUCUUACAUCUCCUACCUGCAGGAGCAGACAGGCCCAGGAUGGAGUCCUGUCACUGACCCACAGGCCUGGGUGGGCAACCCUCCAAAAACCAGACAGGUCAUUGACACCAUGAUAUCUUCAUGCUGCAACUCUGUGGACGGAGACCAAUCCCAUGUAUCCCAGGAGGCCUUGCUGCAACCUGUAAGGGACAUGGGACAUUCAGAGAUUGUGCGGGGCCACUUACGGGGUACUCAACUAUUUGAGAAGGGCUUGGGCUUCCCGCACAGGACCCCAGAGCUGAGGGCCUGGGAUGACGCACGCUUCAAAGGACAGGGCGAUGAGGCUGAAGAUCUUCAUGGGGAGCAGGUCAGCGAGGAGCAGUUUACAGAUGAACAUGGAAACAUUAUCACCAAAAAGAUCGUGCGAAAGGUUGUGCGCAGAGGCAAGGGCGAAGAAGGCGUUCAGGACGUGAGCGUGGGAGGUUCGCUGCAAGACGCCAACGAGCUAGAAGUAGACGCCGAUCAGUUUAUGAGCUACGCCAUCCUGGGCCGGGAAAGCAGCAAGCCCGAUACUGUGGAUACUAUGAAGAAAGGUGCUCAGAUAGUGAAAUGUGCCAGUCUGCGGAGAGUUAAGCAGUGAGGCAGGCUGAGUGCUGCUUUCCCGCAGAGUUCUCUGCAGGACUCCACCCCAUCACCAAAAACCUCCUACAUGGACACAUGACCAGCAGCAGCUUACACAAACGGAAGAACACUCGCAAACAAAAAAGGCCGAAAGAAUGAAAGAAAUGAAUGGCACCAACUCAUUGCUGCUGCACAUACCAGAAGGAAAAAAUAGUUUUUAUGACCUUUUUAUUUCCAUUUAAGAACCCAGGAGGACAAAGGAUCUACUACUUAACUAGAAAGCAUGAUUUCGUAUAAAACAAAAGAGACAAAAAAACGUAGCAACCUAAACAGAUGUUUCCUAUCGUCUGUGUCAGCAUGAGCGACUGCCGCCGCAUGGCCUGUCUUUAACCACAAAUAGUGAAGGGGAGGGGGAUGCUUGGAGGGCACAGGGAUGCAAUGCAUUGUGGGCUAUACAUUUGGGGGGACACAUUUUCUAAACCAGGGAGACAUCGAGCCAACGUUCCAUCAAAAACGGGAGUGACCAUGUGGGGGUGAACUAUGACCUCUACUCUAGCGAAGAACAUCACUUACAGGUUGAGCUUCAACCAUCAGCGGAGCAUAUAUUGUGUGUCUUGUACAUAUUAUGGUAUGCACUAAGAUGCUCUCUCUCUCUCUCUCUCUCUGUGUGUGGCUGUGUUACAUGUGUUGUUAAAAUGUCACGCCAAUGAUGCUGCUUUUUCUGGACCAUACAGUAUUAUUCCUCCCUCUUGUUUCGCCCAUUCAAUCUGAACCUAUAUUCUAUUAUAUCUCUUUGUGUAUAUACCACAUAGUAAUGUGACCUUGGAUACAUAUUCCCCACGCUCUCCGUGUACUUUUGCCUCUCUGACGCGACAUAAGACAUUUUCAGCAACUGUGUUCGGAGGUAAAGUUUGGGGCCUUCUUCAGAGCGGCAAUAAGAAAUAAGACGUUUUAUUAUAUCCUCCCUAUAGUGUCCAAAUACUACUUUCAACUAGUGCUGUCAAAUGGUUAAUUUUUAUUAAUCAUGAUUACCGUAUUUUCCGGACCACUGAAUAUUGGAAAAAAAAAAAGUUCAUAUAUUAGAAACACAAUACCAUAAGCCACAGAUAUAUACACUAUAUUGCCAAAAGUAUUUGGCCACCAGCUUUGACUCACAUUUGAACUUGAAGUGCCAUCCCAUUCCUAACCCAUAGGGUUCAAUAUGAUGUCGGUGCACCUAUUACAGCUAAUACAGUUUAAACUUUCCUGGGAAGGCUGUCCACAAGGUUGCAGAGUGUGUUUACAGGCCCUUAUUAUAUCCACCUAUUGCAGUUAUUACAGUUUCAACUUUCCUGGGAAGGCUGUCCACGAGGUUGCAGAGUGUGUUUAUAGGAAUUUUCGACCAUUCUUCCGAUAGCGCAUUGGUGAAGUCACACACUGAUGUUGGUCGAGAAGGCCUGGCUCUCAGUCUCCGUUCUAAUUAAUCCCAAAGGUGUUCUAUCGGGUUCAGGUCAGGACUCUGUGCAGGCCAGUCAAGUUCAUCUACACCAGACUCUGUCAUCCAUGUCCUUAUGGACCUUGCUUUGUGCACGGGUGCACAGUCAUGUUGGAAGAGGAAGUGGCCCGCUCCAAACUGUUCCCACAAGGUUGGGGGCAUGGAAUUGUCCAAAAUAUUUUGGUAUCCUGGAGCAUUCAAAGUUACUUUCACUGGAACUAAGGGGCCAAGCCCAACUCUUGAAAAACAACCCCACACCAUAAUUCCUCUGCUGACCCGCCUCUGUCAGUUAUUGUGGCCUACCACUUCGUGGCUGAGUAGCGGUUGUUCCCAAAGUCUUCCAUUUUGUUAUAAUAAAGCCGACAAUUGACUUUGGAAUAUUUAGGAGCGAAGAAAUUUUACGAUUGGAUUUGUUGCACAGGUGGCAUCCUAUGACAGUUCCACACUGGAAAUCCAUAAGCACCUGAGAGCGGCCCAUUCUUUCACAAAUGUUUGUAGAAACAGUCUCCAUGCCUAAGUGCUUGAUUUUAUACACCUGUGGCCGGACCAAGUGAUUAGGACACCUGAUUCUGAUCAUUUGGAUGGGUGGCCAAAUACUUAUGGCAAUAUAGUGUCCGUCGUAAAAUGAGAUAUUUACAUAAAAAAAAUCUAUAGAUUUGCCGCACCUUCUUAUAAACCGCGAUGUUCAAAGCUUGGAAAAAAAGAGCGGCAUAUAGUCCGGAAUAUACAGUAAUCACAGGUUAUCUAAUAACUGCUUGUUGAGUUAAUUUUUAUUAUUCAUAAUUACCGUAUUUUCUGGACCACUGAAUUUUUGAAAGAAUAUUUGUUUUCAUUUAUUAGCUGCACCACACUAUAAGCCACAGAUUUAUACGUUGUAAAAUGAGAUAUUCACACCGAAAAAUCCAUAGAUUAGCCGCACCUUUGUAUAAGCCGCGGGGUUCAAAGCUUGGGAAAAAAAUAGCGGCUUAUAGACCGAUAAAUACAGUAAUCACAGGUUAUCUUAUAACUGCUUGUUGAGAUAUAUUUUUAUUAAUCAUGAUUACCGUAAAAAAAACGUAUUUUUUUAAAUAUAUUAGCCGCACCAGACUACAGUAUAAACCGCAGAUAUAUAAGAUGUAAAAUUAGAUUUUUUUUUACACAGAAAUAUUUUAAAAAUGUUUAUUUACAUACCUUGAAUGUUUCCAAAUGGCGCCUGUAACACGGCGGAAAAACGGAUGAUCAAAAAAAACAGAAAAGUCAUUGAUGUCUUUGUUCAUCCCUUAUAAGAUUAAUAGUAUUCUUCUCUUUUUCAAGGCUCAAUAUCUUUAUCAGGUUCCUGUGUUUUUAAUUUUUUAAAUCUGAGCUUGAAUGGUUUCUUAAAGUGGAUCAUUUUAGUGCACUGUUUGAUUUCUUUGCUUAAUCCAUUCCAUAAUUUAGCCGAUAGCGGAGAAAAAUCCAUAGAUAUAAGCCGCAGGGGUCAAAGCGUGGGGAAAAAUGGUGGCUUUUGUUCCGGAAAAUAUAGUAAUCACAGGUUAUCUAAUAACUGCAUGUUGAGUCAGAUGACUUAAAAAAAGACUCCAAUAUUUGGAUAAAAACGCAAUGUUAUUGUCAGAAUGUCAGUCAGGAACAUUUCAAAAAAAUGUUUUGGCUUACUUGAAUGCACGACAAAUUCACUACACCUCUGAAAACUUGGUAAUGUUUUAUGAUAAAUUCUGUGAUUAAUCUGCGUGUAUACACGAUUAAUGCGAUAAUUAUUUGUGAUUAAUUACAUGGGUUUACCCGUUAUUUUCGCCAGCCCUACUUUUAACCCCUUAUGAAGUAGUCCUCCGCCCCAAUAUAUGACUAACCCACAUGACCAGCACGUGUUGGUUGUCAGGGUUCCCGAUGUUUUGUCUCCUCGGCCAUUCGUGCACAUGUAGCGGAGUCAGCCACCGAUCACUGUGAAGAGAGACGGACCCACGCCUGUGAGCCCAACCCUUGCUCAAUCAUUGUGCAAGUUGCAAUAAGUAGCUACGCAAAUAAACCGAUUGUGUAACGACACACAGUUUGGGUGUCACAGUCUGUUAGUCGCAGCGUUACACCCCUCGGAAAUGAUGUCAGUACAUUAGAAAUGCACAUUCGAUCACUUUUUCCCUCUUUUACGGUUGACACAACGUCCAAAUCUGCAAGUUUUUGUUACUCAUCAAGGGAAAUAUCUGUGCCAUCCCAUCUUUAAUACCUGCAAGCCUUUUUUUGUGUCUUGAUGUUAUUCUCACAACAAGUUGCAAUAAACACUAUAUCAUAUGUUGAGAGAUGAUGAAUGUCAAGUCUUGGUAAUACCGUUAGGUGUUAAUAAUGUGUUGACUAUAAUAUUUAGUAGAUGAGAUGAAAUAUACUGUCUCUAUUUGCUGUUAGCACCCUGUUUUCAUUGCAAACAUACUCGACUAUGGCAUUUUUUUAAUCUUUUCAUUGGAUAUUUUUUCUAGUAUGUUCUUUUUGUAAUGCACCAAAAAAAAAAUGUGUGUAUUGGUGUCCUCUCCCUUAUGGGCUUAUUUUUUUCAAGCAGGGGCCACUGAUGAUGUCAGGGUUGGGUUGGGAUGGGGGGGGGGGUCUAUUAUAAAACAAAUAGCAAUGAAGCUUGGCGGCUCCAAUGGUUGGCAGAUGACAAGCAUUUUUCCCCCUCGACACAGCCUUCCCCCGGUCCACGCCGCUCCCGCGUGGCGACACUUUGUAGAGGAGUCUUGUGUUUCGUGCCCGCAGAGGGAUGGUCAAUUACUAAUGGAGAUGCCAUGCACCCAUUCAUGCAAAAUGUUACCAUUGCAAAAACUAGGAAGACAUGUACUGUAUAUUCCUUUUAGAGUGGAUGGAAGACAAUAUUAGCGCAAUAGUAUAUUACUCAAUACUAAGGAAUGCAAAUGCACACAUGCACAGAAAAUGUUUUUAACAUAAAAGGCUAUAUAUAUAUAUAUGAAAUAUAUGAGAAUAUAUAUUUACUUAGAAUGCUAUGCACCCUUCCUUGUCAACUGGGAUUUUAGUUAUGUUAUGGAUGUACUUUUAGCAUCGAACCCAUGUAGCUACAAAGAGACUGUUGACUUCUGGGUAAUGCCUGCACCUGAGGAUGAAUUAUGGGUCUCGCGGGUAUUUGGACUUGUUUCGUUUGCAUUUUUUUAUUAUUGUUAUGGGGAAUCCGACAUCAAUUUAAAGUCAACAUGUACAAAAAAAAAAAAAAAGUCUAAUCAACUCCAAGAACAUCUGUUGACAACCUACUCUGUACACCAGCUCAACAUUUACAAAAUUAAUAAAGAAAUGCAAUGUC